UCCGAAGUUAAUUUUUCUUAAAAAUGGUUCGGUUUAACCGAAUCGAUUUUAUAUAGUAGUUUGAUUCAGUUUGGUUCUGCAAAGCGAUUUGGUUCAAUUUUGAAUCGGUUCGUUCGGGUAUUUUAUUUUAUUUUCUUCCCACAUCCCUGCAUAUGGAGCCCUGUGAAGUCUGAACAGCCUAAAAACACAGCGGGACAGAACUGAGUACUUCAAAUUAGGCCUCUUUGCAGCGUCGACGAAAUGAAUCGCCUUCUUCUUGUUCGUCAUCCUCUGCUAGCUCUAUCCAAGCCACCAUUAUCACCCUUUUCCCAAACCUAUUAUUAUUCAUACACGCCGGCACGAAUAAAUUCUGAAUUAUAUAAGAUUAAGGACCCACCUGGAGUCUCUUCUGUUCACACAAGCUCUACAUUUUGCACUACCAACAAAGACUUAUCAACUGAGAACUGUGUACCGUGCAAUACAAAGGACUUGCAGCCCAUGACCGAGGAUGCAGCACGCACAAUGCUUCAACAGAUUGCCCAGUGGAAUUUGGUUAAUGAGGAUGGUGUGUUGAAAUUGAGGAGAUCAUGGAAAGUAAAGACUUUUACCAAAGGAUUGGAAUUUUUCAGGAUAAUAGCUGGUCUUGCUGAAGCUGAAGGUCAUCAUCCUGAUCUUCACCUUGUUGGCUGGAAUAAUGUUACUAUAGAGAUUUGGACGCAUUCUGUGGGUGGGCUGACACAGAAUGACUUCAUUCUAGCUGCUAAGAUCAAUGAGCUUAAUUUGCAUGACUUGCUAAGACGGAAGACUUCUAACUGAAUUAUCAAAGAGGAAAUUGAAGAAAUCCAAGUGUUUGUAAGGUUUUUGUUUUUCUUUAUAACUAGGCCAUGAGCUAUCCUUCUAAUAAUUUGGAAGCUCUAGUUCGAUCUAUUAAUUUUCUUCUACCAUCAUCUGAGAUGUCAAUAACGUCCAACGUUAGCAUGAAAUCUACAUGAUGGUAAUUGUCAAAGAGAACCAUUAACUAGGAUGGUUAAGACAAGGAACAAAAUAAACUAGUCCAUACUUCUGUUGGGAAUAAACUCAUAAAUCAAGAGUUUCUCUUUUUGUUGAAUGCAACAGCCAACAAGAUUGGUGCUGAAAUUUGGCUAUUGACUGAA